GAAGAAGAAUAGACGAUCUUUGGUCCCACGUGACCUCCUCCUAGAGCUUCUCUCCGGCUUUAAAUGAAUGGAAUCAUUAUAUUAUCAAUGAGCUUAUCGAACAUAUCGAGCUGAACUUUGGGCCAAUAGGAGACCAUCUAAAGGAGUCAGCUGGUCUACCAGUUUGGUUUACGUCGCACAGUUUGACGCUGUCACUGUGCGUCACAGCCGAGCGCCAAAUCCAAAAUGGCAGCAGAGUGCAGAGUGUGAUGUUGCUCAGAUGAAGCGAAACAAACUGAAACGGCAAAAAGGCGCCAAACAGGCAGAUCAGCUGCUGCCAGGCUGCUGCUCUGAGGGGGAGACCUGGAAGGAAAGCCUCGCUGCUCCUCCCAUCGGGGAGGGGGGGAGAGCACCCAGCACUGGCUCUAAAAUAGCUCCCAUUUUCUCCCCCACCAACCUCCAGAGGGGGGGUAAAGGGAGCUGUGAGGGAGGCUCUGAUCCGACUGAAAACAAACCUCUUCCUCAGAAAGUGAAAAGUCACCAUUCAGGAUCCCACCUGACAGGUAAACAUGAGGCUGCGGUGCCAUGCAGGCGCCGGAGGGCCAGACUACCAUCCUCACAUCUGGACCUCCACCUGACAGGUAAACAUGAGGCUGCGGUGCCAUGCAGGCGCCGGAGGGCCAGACUACCAUCCUCACAUCUGGACCUCCACCUGACAGGUAAACAUGAGGCUGCGGUGCCAUGCAGGCGCCGGAGGGCCAGACUACCAUCCUCACAUCUGGACCUCCACCUGACAGGUAAACAUGAGGCUGCGGUGCCAUGCAGGCGCCGGAGGGCCAGACUACCAUCCUCACAUCUGGACCUCCUCCUGGAAGAAAUCCAACAAUCCAACCCAGGUUUUCCAGUACCAACAGUUUUCCAGUCUUUGCUGAAGAAAACCAGUGAUGAGCUUCAGGAUCCAGCUUCUGCAGGCGUCCGUCUGGAGGAAGAUCUCUGGACCAACAAGUAUUUUCCUCAACAUUCCAGUGAAGUGAUCGGUAACUCCGCCUCCGUCACCAAGCUGCACAGCUGGUUGCAGAAAUGGAAACUAAGAGCUGAAGGUGAGGAGCAGCGGAUGGAGGAAGGAAACGAUUUCUGGGACUGUGGCGCCUUCCAGGGCGACGGCGUAGGAAAGGAGCCGCUGGCUAAGGCCAUGCUGCUAACGGGACCCUCAGGGGUGGGAAAGACGGCCGCUGUCUAUGCCUGCGCUCAGCAGCUCGGCUUCAAGGUGUUUGAGGUGAACUGUUCCUCUCAGCGCAGCGGGCGCCAUGUUCUGGCUCAGCUGAAGGAGGCCACGCAGUCUCACCUGGUGGACAUCCCAGGAGACCAUCCCCUGAAGCCGGCGUACUUCAACAACUUCAACACUGACCGCUCCGCCCCUAAACCAGAGGCCUCAGCAGGAAAAGUAAAACUUCCUAAAUCUAUAAGAGGUGCGGCUCGGAGCGCCUCAGGUCGUAAGGUCAAAGCCAAGCCGAGCGCCGUUACUUUAGCGUGUUUCUUUAAGGCGAAGCGAGAAGCAGGUCAGACUAGAAAGCCAAAGAUGGAGGAAGCUGGAAGGCCGGCGGCGCCCAGCGGGAGGUCGGCGGCGCCCAGCGGGAGGUCGGCGGCGCCCAGCGGGAGGUCGGCGGCGCCCAGCGGGAGGCCGGCGGCGGCCAUGUCCCUCAUCCUGUUUGAGGAGGUGGAUGUGGUGUUUGAGGCUGACGUGGGUUUCCUGGCAGCCAUUAAGGCUUUCCUGACCACCACCAAACGGCCGGUCGUCCUGACAACCGCUGAUCGCUCAUUCAGACAGAGUUUCCAUGGUUACCUGGACCAAAUCGUUUUCAAGUCGCCAUCAGCUCUGAACGUGUGCAGCUUCCUGCAGCUGGUGUGUCUGGCUGAAAACGUGCGACUGCCUUUAGAUGAAGCCAGCAGCCUGGUCAGAGUCUCAGGCGGAGACGUCAGACGCUGCCUGCUGCAGCUGCAGCUCUGGGUGAACGGCGGCAGAGGACGGACGCCUCAGCAUGGAGAUGUGGACCGCAGCUCACCGGCAGGCGGCGGCUCGCCGGCAGAAGGCGGCGGUUUGGACCCAGCGGUUCCUCCUCAGCUGGCAGGCUGCUCUGCACACAUGCUGGGGCUCCACCCUCUAACCCCGACUGUCCUGCUAAACUUCCUCCAGCUGGAGUCCUGCUCUGAAACGUUUCUCAGCAUCCUAUCAGAGAGCUGGAGGAGAAAUCAGCCUCUUCUCUAUUCCAACCUGGAGCUCCUGCUCUCCAUGGCGGCCCCCCCAUCCCGCCCCCAGGUGCAGAUGGAGCUGAGGCCCCCAGAAGCCGACCUCCACCUUAAUCACACCAUCAGGUCCACUGAGUCACCGUCGUGCUUCAGACCCUCCAGACUCAGCCGACGGAGACGCGCCGCUUCAUCGCCAGCCGCCAAACCGGCUUCAGAUUCAACCUACAGACCUCAGAGAGCGCCGACGCUCGGCGAGACUCGCUCUGAAGCGCGGAGCUCAUGGGAGCAGCGUGCAGCCGAGGCGCUGAUGGGCGCUCUGGAGAGCCUGGCAGAUUUCUAUGACCUCAUGUCGAACAUUGAUGCGCUGCUCAGUCCGUCUGCCUCACAGCCGCCGGCCGCCGCCGCUUUCCUUUGGACGGGAGCGGCUUUAAAGGAUGGCAUGACGGAUGAGCCGCGGGAGGAGGGGGGGAGAAGGAAGCCGGAGGCGCUUCAGGAGAUCCAGGCUGCAGCUGAAGGUCUGGGGGGUCGGCGCUGCUGGCGGAGGCUCGCCGAGGCGUGGAGCGAAGCGCACGGCUGGAGAGCAAACCUGAGCGGCGAACAGUGGGGCGGGCUGCAGGACAGGCUGUUGCUAAGCAACCGCCCUAAACAACGUAACUUGUGCUUUACAGCUCAGCCUCCCCCAGGUGGAUCAAGCGUGUCCCAGAGGCUCGCCGUCGCUCGGUCGGCUCUCAGCCUGCUGGGGAACAGGCGCGCCGUCUGCAUCGACUACCUGCCGCUCCUCCGCCGCUCCGGGCGCCUCAGAGGGGAGCAGUGGAGUGCUGGAAGCGCCUGAAUGCAGCACAUCUGGGAGCGCCCGGAUGCAGCACAUCUGGGAGCGCCCGGAUGCGGCACAUCUGGGAGCGCCCGGAUGCGGCACAUCUGGGAGCGCCCGAAUGCGGCACAUC